AUGCCAAACCGCCCUCUCGCAUCGACCGAUGACGGCGGCGAAUCUUCCUACUCCCGCGAGGCGCCCGAUGCCGACCGCUCUAGAGACGACGACAGUCGCAACGGCAGCCGCCCAAGCCGCAAAGCGUCCCCAGCCGGUCUCAAGUCGCGGCCGUCCUCUGCUAGAAGCCAGCGUCAGAGCAGCGUCGACUGGAUGCAUCCAAACGGCCACAAUGGAGCUGCACCCGGCCGCAAGAUGAUGACGCCGGCAGCUCUGUCGCAAGCGGCACUCGCCAUGGGCAAGCUGGCCCCUCCGUCCUCGGUUGGCGCGUCAAGGUCAAAGCCGAGGCGCAGAAGCCCUUGGUCCAUGUCAAUGCUCGCCCUCGUCACCGCCGCCCUCGGCAUCGUUGUGCUAUCAGCCAUUCUGAGAUCUCUCGUCAGCCAUUACGUGGAACCAAAAGGAUGUCGCAUGUCCUAUAUGCGACCGUCGUACAUUCACUACUCCGACUUCGAUACGGAACACACUCGCUUCGCCACUAAAUACUCCCUCUACCUCUACCGCGAGCAAGGGAUCGAUGACGAGAGCAAGUUGCGCGGCAUCCCGGUCCUCUUCAUCCCCGGAAACGCCGGCAGCUACAAGCAAGUCCGUCCGAUCGCAGCCGAGGCGGCCAACUACUUUCACGAUGUUCUGCAGCAAGAUGGCGUUUCACUCGGAGCCGGCGCCCGCGGGCUCGACUUCUUCACGGUCGACUUCAACGAGGACAUCACCGCCUUCCACGGGCAGACCCUACUGGACCAGGCCGAAUACCUGAACGAGGCGAUCCGAUAUAUCCUCGCCUUGUACUCUGACCCGCAACGAUCUGACCGGGACUCCAACUUGCCGGAUCCCACGUCAAUCAUUGUCUUGGGCCAUUCAAUGGGUGGCGUCGUGGCCCGUGCCAUGUUGGUCCAGCCAAACUACCAGGCCAAUUCUAUCAACACCAUCAUCACCAUGUCGGCGCCCCACGCCCGCCCCCCGGUGACCUUCGACGGGCAAAUCGUGCAGAUUUAUGACGAGAUAAACGACUACUGGCGCCGAGCUUAUGCGCAGAAAUGGGCCAACGACAACCCGCUGUGGCACGUCACACUCGUUUCUAUUGCCGGCGGCAGCCUCGACACGGUAGUGCCAUCAGACUAUGCCAGCCUGGAGUCGCUUGUACCCGACACUCACGGCUUCACCGUGUUCACGACGGGCAUUCCCACAGUCUGGACGAGCAUGGAUCACCAAGCAAUCCUUUGGUGCGAUCAGUUUCGAAGAGUGGUUGCCCGCGCCUUGUACGACAUCGUCGACGUUGGGCGCGCCUCGCAGACGAAGCCCAGGGCGGACCGGAUGCGUCUGCUCAAGAAGCGUCUUCUUCCCGGGAUAGAAGCGGCCACGGAGAGAACCUUGCCGGUUCGGGAAGCGACCACGCUCUUGACCUUGGGGGAUGACGCCAGCCGUAUUGUUCCUGCAGGCUCGCGCCUGGUGCUACGCAACCUCGGCGACCAGGCCAGGCGGAUGGCCCACCUGAUCCCAAUCCCCCCGCAAGGCUCCCCGGGCCUGAAGCGCUUCACACUGUUGACAGAUGCCGCAUUGCAUGACGCGGGCAACGACGCGUCUCUCGAGGUCCUCCUGUGCAGCGUCUCCGCCUUUCAGCCAAGCCUGGCCAGCCCGCAGUUCUCCAGACACGUCGACCUUUCUGGCGGGAACGGCUCCCCCACCAAAUUGGCAUGCAAGAAUGCCGCGUUGGACUCGACUCUGGUCCCCGCGUCCACGACCUCGACGGAGCACCCCUUCUUCCUUGAGCGCGAGCAGCCGGUGCAGCCGUUCUCGUACCUGCAAUAUGGGCUGGAGCAUUUGGCGGACCAUCAAUUCAUCGCCGUCGUGGACCAGAGCCCGACCCCUAGUCACGAAUUCGUCAUGGCCGAGUUCAGCGACCAGGACGACUUCCGCCGGAAGCAAGACACAAGCCUUUCUCAGCUGCUCACUCUCGGCAUGUCGUUGACCCUUCCCGCCGACCGGCCCAUGGUCGUCGACGUCAGUGUACCUGCUGCGGCCUCGGCUCUCAUUGCUUUCCAGCUGCGCAUUGACCAGCCCAGCUGUCCUGGACCCUCGAGUCUACUUGCACCUAUGGUGCGACAGUUCUUGGAGAAGCCGUACGAGUCAAAGUACUUUGUCAAUGUCCACCACGCCCCCAUCAGCUUCCACGGCGUCGCGCCCUACAUGCCGCCACCGUUGCAGCCAAACGACGUGACCGGGCUGGGCUUUCAGUUCUGGUCAGACCCAACAUGCGGCUCGCCUCUUCAUGUCCGCCUCACACUGGACCCAUGGGGCAGCCUGGGCAAGCUUUACAUGCGGUACCGGACAGUGUUUGCAGCCUUCCCGCUUCUGGUGGCCACCAUGGUGCUGCGGAAACAGUUCCGCGUAUACGACGAGACAGGCAUCUUCAUAUCUUUUGCAGAGAGCCUCGACCAGUCCCUGCGGCGCUCCAUCCCCCUGCUCUUGCUGUCCCUGACCCUGCUGUCUGUGUCGCUUGGCCGCAGUGCCCCGACGGUUGGACUCGGGCUCGCCUUUGGGCAGGCUGGGUUGGAUCGGCCUGUACAGUCGGGCUUUCGGCGGAACGAGCUGUUGAUCGGAACCGAAGACCCCUUGUUCUGCCUCCUGGUCCCGGUCAUUGGCAUCGUCUGCGUUGGAGUCUGUGCAGUCUUGCACUACCUGGUGCUGGGACUGACGCGCAUGCUGGGUCUUAUGUAUGGCCUCGUCAGCGGCGGCGCCGGCGGCGGCGCAAACGGCUCCGACCAUGCUCGACGAGCACCAUCGCCGGCCGCCGUUUCUUCGACAGCCACGCCUCGCAGGCGGAUGAUAUCGACGGCCAUUUUGCUCUUUCUGGUGUCGACCUUUAUACCAUACCAGUUUGCGUAUCUGGUGGCCUGUCUGGUGCAGCUCUUCACGACCGCCCGAGCGUUUCGCCUCGCAACGCUUGCAAACUCGGCUGCCGACACCAACUUCCAUCAUUACGCCCACUCGAUACUGCUCCUGAUGAUGUGGGUGCUGCCCAUCAACCUCCCCAUCCUUGCAGUCUGGGUACGAAAUUUGGCUGUCCACUGGCUCACUCCGUUCUCUUCGCACCACAAUGUUCUGUCCAUCAUGCCAUUCAUACUGCUCGUCGAGAAUCUCACCACCGGCCGGAUGGUGCCGCAGAUCCCGAGCUGGCUUCGUCACGUUACGAGCGUUCUUCUGUUCGGGACAGCAUUGUGCGCUGCGGUGUACGGCGUGUCGCAUGCCUAUGUCCUGCACUACCUCGUCAACGUUGUGGCGGCCUGGCUCGUUGUCUUGCACUCCACCUCUGACUCGUGGUCGCUGACCACUCUGGGCGCCAUGUUUGAAGAGGACGCCGGCGACGACAGAAAGGGGGCAAAGACGCCUUGA